ACUCCUCUCGAGGCUCAGUUGUGCCUGAAAGCCUUCGAGUCUUAGAGCGGUUUUCGAACGGGACGGCCAGUCGCUCGCAUACUUCGUUGUCGAAUUGGUCGAAAUGUCGUUGAAGUUGUUCGCUAAGUUGACCGAUGAUGAGGCUAAGCACGCCAACGACGUCGUCUGCCUGCUUUACAACAACGGCCUACUCAUCAGCGGCGCCGAUGACGGAAAGAUAAAGAUAUGGACCUCGGAUUUGAAGCCAGUCGCGUCCAUCGACGCGCAUCCUGUGAACGUCUACAGCGUCGCUGUCGUCGGAGAUACGCUUUAUUCUUGUUCCAACGAUGGCACUCUUAAAGCGUGGAACAUCGGCACCUGGGAUUUGAAAAAAAAUCUUCUGGAAAACCAACAGUCCGAAAUCAUAAAGGUUGUCUCAGAUCAGGGCAGACUUUACGCAGGGAACGAACAAGGAGAUGUGUUUGUUUUUGAGAACGACGAGCUGUUCGCCACGUAUUAUCUUCAUGAAGAUAUUGCUGAUAUCCUCGUUAUUGGAAACUUAGUCUUCAACGCCAGAAACGUCGACGUGUCCGUCACAGAGAUGAUGCCUGGACCACGUUUUGGAUACAUGUCGCGAGGAGCUAUGAUCGGCCGAUUUCCAGUGCGAAAGGUUGGAGAUAAGGUCUGUUUUCUCAGCCGCUGCGCCAAACAGGUCUACGUCCACCAUUCGACGAAGGAGGAGAAAUUCAAGAGGGUCGCUGAAAUCAAGGCCCACGAUAUGACCAUAUCGGCGAUGACCCACGUUCCCGGAAAGGAGCAUAUAAUGGUCUCCGGAGGCUACGACAGGGUGCUCAAGGCGUGGGACAUCAACACCAAGAAGAUGUUGGCCAAGGUCGACCUGGGCGUUUGCAUCAAUGAUAUUUGUCCAGGAGAUGAAGGCAAGCUGUACGUCUCCAGCAGCGAGGGCUACAUCUGCAUGGUCGACGCUUUGUUCUAAUAGGCGAAAACAAAGGCUAAGAUUAAAAGAGAAUCCCUGUGGAUAAGUCUCGUUUCACAAAAUAUCCUGGACGUCCUGAUAAACCAAGAGUUUGUUUUUUAUUGUUUGCGUUCCCUAUUCUGCAGUACAUACUUGUUGGGUUUUCCCUCUUUUGGACUGAAGGGCAAUCCGAAAGGCUAUCUUGCUCAGUAUUACCUCAAAGUCUUAGCAUUUAUAUAUUAUUAUUUUUAAUAUAUUGCUGUUACGAUUGUUAAAAUCUGGAAAUGGACAAAAUCAAAUUGUUAAAAGUUUUUUUGUGAUGUCAAUUACAAUUUAGAAAAUUGUUAGUCCCUGCCCUUUAUCCCAAAUAAAAGUCUUAAGAUUACAGAUUUCCCAAAGAUAACUGCAAAAAUAAAAUAUUUUU